GGCGCUGGACCACUACUUAGCGUUAUUGAAAAGCAGUGAAAAUCUUAUGAUGUAUUUAACUAAAUGUAAUAAAUGUCCAGACUUUAUAAAAUUAAAUGUAAAAGUGUAAAAUACUCUAUUUGUAAUAUGAAUGUGUUCAGUGUGCGUUUUAUUUUUGUAAAACUGUUCUUAUUUAGCAAUUUGUGAGGCAGACUGGGACUUUUCAGGCAUGAACCGGGACUAGUUACCAAAACCCAUGAUCUGUCUUACGAAUACUGUAGUGUUUUCUUGAUUUAUCCCUCUGCUUAAGAGGAUAAGCGGUAUUCUAAAUGGAAAUAUGUAUUCUUAUACUAUAUACAUUAUAAAUGUUGUGAUAUAAACGAGUAAACACAAAAAAAUAUUGAUGGUCCAUAUGUAACACAAAGUAUUAGUAUAACGUUCAUACAUUUAUAUUUAGAAGAACUCGACUCAAAAUUAUCGAACGAAUUUACACAAAAUUUUUAUUCUUCUAAACAUAAGUUGUAAACUAAACAGCACAGUAAGUUUCAUUAAAAAUUCAUUUGCAAAAGCUUUCUGUGGGCAAUAAUGUAACAUACUUGCAGUGUAAAAUGUAUGUAGAUUUUAUAAGUUGUAAUAAAAACAUCAACAAAAUGUCUCCACUUCUCUCAUUCUGACAGCACUGUGACACAAUGAAAAUGAAUUUUGAAAGCUCCUAUCCCACAGCUGUGUUUUGCAUAAUCGCCACUGAAUUCUGCGAAAGAUUCUCUUUUUGUGGCCUCCGAACCAUUCUGUCGAUUUAUCUCAGGAAUGAGCUGCUUUUUUCCGAAAAUUGUUCCACGGUCAUCUACCACGUCUUCAUUAUGGUGUGUUAUAUCGUGCCCUUGGCUGGGGCGGUCUGUGCCGACAGCAUUUUGGGGAGAUAUAGCACGAUUCUAUAUUUUUCGGUGGUAUAUUUAAUUGGGAACAUCCUGAUGUGCAUGGGGGCUGUGCCCCUCUUAGAUAUCUCUUCCAUCACUUUAUCAGCCGUUGGUUUGUUUCUCAUAUCAGUAGGAACCGGAGGUAUUAAACCUUGUGUGGCCGCUUUUGGAGGCGACCAGUUCCGCCUACCCGACCAGAAGGACCUUCUCCAACACUUUUUCUCACUGUUUUAUUUCACCAUCAAUUUAGGGGGAUUUGUGGGAAUGAUUCUAACUCCCAUUUUGAGGAAAUGGGUGUCUUGCUUUGGCGACGACACUUGUUACGCUUUAGGUUUUGGUUUCCCGGCAGCUUUGAUGGUGUUAUCACUGCUGCUUUUUAUUUUGGGUAAACCUUGGUACAGACUAAAAACGCCGAAAGAAAAUAUAAUGCUCCAGUUUUUCAACUGCACAAUGUACGCUUUAGCCAAACGUUGCAAAUCGGGGAACAAAAACCCCACAAAACAUUGGCUACACGCAGCUCGAGACAAAUACAGUGCAAAGUUAAUCCGCGACAUGAAAAUCGUCUUCGCCGUUUUGUUUUUAUACGUCCCUCUGCCGAUCUUCUGGUCGUUGUUCGACCAACAGGGAUCUCGCUGGACCUUUCAAGCGUCUCACAUGGACGGUAACGUUCUAGGCAUUCAAAUAGUCCCAGACCAAAUGCAAGUGGUGAACCCAGCAAUGGUCCUAAUCCUAAUCCCGAUUUUCGAUAAAGUGGUAAAUCCCUGGUUUGCGAAAUUGCACGUUAUGGAAAACGCCCUACACAGAAUGGCAAUUGGGGGGCUUUUUGCAAGCGCAGCUUUUUUGUCAGCCGGGGUUCUGGAGCUAGUCCUGGAAACUACUUACCCCAAACAACCUGAAGAAAAACACGCUUCGAUUAACAUCAUCAACACGUUGCCGUGCGGUGUCAAAGUGGAUAAUCCGUUCAAUGGGGUUCAAAGGAUUGAGUCAAGUGGAGUGCACAAGUUUGAGAACAUCCUGUGCGAUAAUUUCACCAAGUAUACGCUGCUGGUGGAGGCGUCGGAAACUUGCGGCACUAUUUAUCUAGGGCGGCAUAGGCACAAUUUGGAAGUGGCGGCCUUAGAAAUGCAAACGGACACGGUUCUGAUUGGGAUAAACGUGGAGAAUAAGGUGCAGUCGUUCAUCACUGAUCCGGUUGAUUACCAGAAGUCGCUCAGUGGCAAGCCACGAAUAAGAGUUGCGUACAUCAAAAGUUCCAUACUUUUACAUGACAUAACGGUUUCGUUGCGAAACCAGGCUGGUCUGAAGGAUGUUUACUUUGUCCACAGCUCCAAUUCUUCGUUUUUGGCUGAUUCGGCUUACAUGGAGUUGCCCCAAGGAGUGUACGAUUGCGUUGUUGCGUCCAAAGAAAUUCCCAUACUUCAUGCGGAAAGUUUUGGCUUAGAUUUGGGAGGGGUUUACUCUCUUGUAAUAAGAGAACGAAAUAUGAAGAUUGAGUUUUUUAAAUUGUACAUAAUGUCGGCACCAAACACCAUCAAUAUUUUGUGGUUGCUACCACAGUAUUUCCUCAUUUCGGUGGCAGAAAUUUUGUUUGGAGUUUCGGGUUUGGAAUUUUCGUUUACUCAAGCCCCGAAAAGCAUGAAGACUGUUACUAUAGCCGGGUGGUAUUUAUCGGUGGCUGUAGGAAAUUUCUUAGUGAUACUAAUUACGCAAGCAAAUUUGUUUAAAAGUCAGGCACAAGAAUUUUUCCUCUUUGCUGUAGUUAUGGUAGCCGAUAUGAUGAUAUUUAUUGAAAUGGCAUCGCACUACCGAUUUGUGCAGUUGGAGGCAGACAGUUCUGUGAAUUUUGGAAACCAAGAACAGUUACCUCUUAUUUCAAAUGCGCCAUAGUCUAGAAGGUUAAAAAUAUUGUUACAAAACUGCAAUAAAAUGUUACUCUUU